GAAUUUAUCUGAAGCAGACGGAGAACAAAGAAAAGCACAGAUACUAGUAUUCUGUCUAAAUUGCUACCCUGAAAAGAUAUUCAGCUGAAAGAUCAUUCAUAUUUGAUAUUUUAUAGAUGUAUGUUAUUUCGGUCCAGGAGAUGCUGAGGUUAGUGAAUCUUUUUUUAAUAAUCACUAAAAUUGGAAUUAUUUUUUGCUUAAAAACCCGUUAUUCUAUUCCGGAGGAAUUGCAAGAAGGAACAGUAAUUGGAAACAUAGCGUCUGAUAUCGGUCUAGAUACCAGCAAUCUCUCUAAACGAGGGCUACGGAUUGCUUUGGGUAGUGGGAAGCAUUAUUUGGAUGUCAACAAAAUAAACGGACAUUUAUUUAUAAAGAAAAAAAUCGACAGAGAAAACAUUUGUGAAUUUAAAGAUGAAUGCGUACUUAAUCUUGAGGCCUUACUUGAAAAUCCACUGCAGAUGUUUAGCGUUGAGGUUGAAAUCUUGGAUGUGAAUGACAAUGCUCCGAGAUUUCCUUUCACCGUAAGUCAAAUCAACAUUUCAGAGUCGAAACAAAAAGACGAAAGGUUCUUGUUGGUGAAGGCAGUGGACAUCGAUGUUGGAAAUAACACAGUGUGUAAUUAUAAACUGAGCGAAAAUGUACAUUUUGAGAUCGCUGUACAGACUUGGAAAGAUGGGUCAGUGUAUGCUGAUUUAGUAAUUAAGGAGGCACUGGACAGAGAAGAGCAAGCGGUGUACAAUUUAAUACUGACUGCACUGGAUUGUGGAAAACCUGCACUGUCUGGCUCAAUUAAUAUUACGGUUAACAUAAUUGAUGAAAAUGACAAUGCUCCAAAAUUUGAAAGAGAGAUGUACCAAGUAGAGGUUUCAGAAACUACCUUAAUAGGAACCACUUUUAUCACACUAAAUGCGACAGAUGCUGACGAAGGCUCCAACGGCGAGCUAUUAUACUCAUUUAUUCCUCACACCUCUGAGAAGGCCCAAAUGAAAUUCAGUUUGAAUUCCAGGACAGGUGAACUUAGCGUUAAAGAACUAUUGGAUUUCGAACAAUCACCUCUAUAUGAGUUAUUUGUGCAAGCAAAAGAUAAAGGAUUUAAUCCUAUGACAGGUCACUGCAAAGUAAUGAUAAAAAUAACUGACAGCAAUGACAACAAACCAGAAAUUAUUGUUGCGUCAUCACAGAGUUCAGUAUCAGAAGAUGUACCAAUAGGCACAGUAAUCGCACUGUUCAGUGUCACAGAUCUGGACUCUGGAAACAACGGCAGGGUAAACUGUCAUAUAUCAGACAAUGAUGAGUUUGAACUUAAGCAAAGUAUGGAUAAUGUUUAUGCUCUGGUAACUGCAGAGCUUUUGGAUAGAGAAAGAAAAUCUAUCUUUAAUAUUACUAUCAUCGUCAAGGAUAAAGGCACUCCUCCCCUCACAAACAAUAAAACAAUUUCUUUAAAUAUUUUGGAUGUAAAUGACAACGCGCCAACGUUUUCUCGUGUCUUAUAUGAAAUUCCAGUUCCAGAAAACAACAUCCCUGGCACACUGCUGUGUUCCAUUACGGCAAUGGAUCCUGAUGCAAAUCUGAACGGCGCUAUGAAAUACUCCAUUAAAGAAACAAAUUACUCCAAUAACACUUUCACAAAAUAUUUUUCCAUCAAUCGGGACAAUGGAAACAUUUACUCACUGCAGUCUUUCGACUAUGAGAAACAGACAUUUUAUACGUUUGAUGUGGUAGCUAAAGACUCUGGCACUCCUCAGCUAAGCAGUAGUGUGACUGUGAAGAUAAAUGUUCUUGAUGAAAACGAUAACACACCGGUUAUUGUGUCACCCUGGCGCCCUCAUGGAUCCAUAGUAAGCGAUGCAAUUCCAAGUUCGGCUGAAGAAGGAUAUUUAGUGACCAAAGUUAUAGCAAUUGAUGACGACUCGGUUCAAAAUUCACGAAUUACUUACCAUUUACUUCAAGUUACUGACCAGACAUUGUUUACAUUAAACCAGUACAAUGGAGAGCUUCGAACAAGAAGACGUCUUGGUGUUAGGGACUCUUCGAAACAAAGACUUGUGAUUCAAGCCCGGGACAAUGGCAAUCCUUCACUGUCCUCGACAGUUACAAUCCUCAUAUCAAGAUCUAACCCAGAAGUUGAAGGUCUUCUGACACUAAACGAUGAGGUGGAGACGAAGUAUUUAUCUUCUUUAAACAUUUAUUUGAUGAUCGGUCUCGCAAUUGCUUCAUUUCUUUUCCUUUUAACUAUAGUGAUCUGUACCGCACUUAAAUGUAAUCGUAAUCCACCUGAGGACAGCACAAAAUCGAGCCAUCGGAUUAGCUGCUAUAGCCAAAGGGAUUCAAUGAUUUCUGACCUGCCGGCACACUCGACUUUAUAUUCAAGCGACGCUUACUGGCACAGCGUGCUUUUAGCGGAGUCACGAAAAGGAAAAAUGCUGGUGAGGCAGUCAAUGCCCAAUGGAACUGGCUUCAUCGUGUCAAGUUUGGAGAGGAAUCCGGAGCAGGGAACGAUAAGCGAAUUAGCCGACACUCCAAUUCAGGUAAGGGUGUAACAGAAUAUUU